AUGGUUCGGGGGAGUGCCGUCAUGGCUGCGCUGUCUGGCACAGCUGUGGGAAUGGUAACAUCACCAUUCAAGCGCGACCUGAAGCUGUCAGCUGAGCUGGGGAUUCAUCCGGAUACUCUGCUCAGUCAAAAAACUACGGUACAUGCUAUUGCCAACUCCCAGCUGGAUUCGAUUAUUAAGGCAGAGUAUGUUUCGCUACCCAUUGAUCACAGCAACUCUUCGGUUGGUUAUUACCAAAAUCGAUACUGGGUAUCCGAGGAUAAUUACAAGGAGGGCGGACCCGUCUUCGUGUAUGACGUUGGUGAAGCAUCGGCUGAAUCGUCGGCUCAAGCUUACCUGGGCAAUUCGACGACGUUCUUUUAUCAGAUGGUUCAAGAGUUCGGUGGAAUUGGUAUCGUUUGGGAGCACCGAUACUAUGGAGAUUCUCUUCCCUACAACGUCAGCCUGCACAUGCAGCCCGAGCAUCUCCUGUACCUGAACAACGAACAGGCUCUGGCCGACAUCCCCUUCUUUGCGGCCAACUUCACCCGCAGAAACUACAGUGAUGUGGACCUGACCCCAGGCGGAACACCGUGGGUCAUGGUUGGAGGCUCGUACUCGGGCAUGCGAUCUGCGUUCACCCGUCAUUUGUAUCCCGAGACAAUUUACGCUUCCUACGCUUCCUCUGCCCCCGUGGAAGCACGGAUUGACAUGAGCGUCUACUUCGAUCAAGUUUACGACGGCCUGGUGGCAUAUGGGCACUUGAACUGCACUCGAGACGUCCAGGCCGCACUGGAGUACGUCGAUGAGCAGCUCUCCAAAAGCACAUCGUCCGCAGCGGCCAUCAAGAAGGCAUUCUUUGGCGAAGGCGCCGACAAUAACAGCAACGGCGAUUUCACCGCCGCACUCGCCAUUGUUUACAACUAUUUCCAGUCUUAUGGUAUGGGCGGUGGUGUGGGCAGUCUGGAGUCCUUCUGUGCGCACAUGGAAACCGACCCGAAGACCAACCAGACGGCGCCCCCACAAGGAUUUGCCGAUAGCCGGGGCAAGCAGUAUGCCGCGGAGCGCUAUGCAUCAUGGCCGGCUUUCACGGAGCUGGUCAACAUGAACUUGGAUACCAACUGCAAGAAACUUGAAACCAGCGAGGCGCUCACUUGCGAUCUGUCGCAGCCAUCUAGCGACCCGGAUACCAUCAGCUGGACGUGGCAGUACUGCACCCAAUGGGGAUUCUUCCAGACCAACAACUUCGGACAUCGCUCGCUGCUGUCCAAAUACCAGACCCUCGAGUACGCACAGGAAUACUGCAACAGAGCCUUCCCGGAGGCUAUCAAGAAGGGUCUCUUCCCCAAACACCCAUUGGUGGAUGAGGCCAAUGCGGAGACCGGCGGAUGGACUAUUCGCCCGUCCAACGUUUACUGGAGUGGCGGCCAAUUUGAUCCCUGGCGUACUUUGUCUCCCCUCGCGAAGGGCACUCCGCUGGCCCCGCAGGGAGUGUCUAUCACAACCGAGAUCCCGAAGUGCAAUGUGGAGACGGAGGAAAACACAAUUUUCGGAUACAUCAUGAAAAAUGCGGAGCACUGCUUUGAUUUCCGCACGACCUUCGUGCCUGGAGCGAUUUCCCGGGAGUUCUUCUACACGGCUUUGACGGAGUGGCUCAGAUGUUUCAAAGCCAAGACUCGCUAA